AUGAUGACAUAUUUGUCAUCUCUUGAUCUUUACAACAACAGCCUGACAGGAACACUUCCGAGCCAACUGAAUGCUUCCAUGGGGUUGAAAUUGUAUGGAAAUCACUUCUCGGGAAUUGUCCCUGAUCAUCUUUGUGGCUUUCUUCGGUGUGAUUGUUCCCUUACUGAAACGCCUCCCGUUUCCACCUGUGCUGACCUCAAAGAAGCUCCACCGGAUUGGCCUGGACGGUUUCCAACCAUGCCUGGAUCUGUCAUGCUGAACAUCCAAACUUAUGAUUGGCUUGAAGAAACAUCAUGGGUUUGGCAGAAGAAAGAAACCAAUAAUGCAACUACUGGUACAUGGGACACAUUGGAAUCAGGUGGCCCACUGGAGUUUACGAAUUAUCUUUACUCCUCUCUCUUCUUCCCAGUGAUCACUGGCACAGCCUACAGACUGAUUGUAACUGCCCCGUAUGGUUAUGGCAUGCCCUCUGGUUGGAUCACUCUGACAGCCACCAACGAUGAAACAGUGUUGUAUUCUUUGGAAGCUCGGGAGGCAUUCUUUAACAUCACUAUUGGUGUUUUGGUUGGAGCAGAUGGAUCUUUUGAUAUCACCAAUUCUACAACUGUGUGA